CGAGUUUGCGCCCACUAAGGCACGUAGCGGUGCCUUCCCAGCCGCGUACAUGACGCUUUCAGUUGAUAGGUGGCCCGUGGCGUGAAAAAUGGCUGCCCGGUACCCAGCCAUGUGGCUCUGCACCAUCCUACCAACCAUCAUCGCGGCGCACAAGAAACCGAACUGGAUCGUCGCCGCGCCAUCGAUGCGACCGGAAAUGUGGGACGUCAAUGAUGCAGACAAGUACUGCACAAAUGCAGCACCACCGGCGAAUACGUUUGAAAUCGGGCGCCUCGGCCUGGACUUCGCGGGCGCCGCCGCGCACAUGCGGAGUAGUGUUGGUCCAGGCGCCGCCUUCGAGUGCCGCCUCGAUCGGACGUCGAGAGAAGGGCCUUUACGAGCGCCCUGCGAGGUUGUGGCCAGGAUCGGCGGCGCCUACGAUAAUGGAACCGCGCCGUUCUACUAUGACAUCGUCAUACCGAAUCCGAUCGAGGCGGGCACCUACGAUCUGCGGGUGCUGUGGAUGCACGCGUCGGCCAAGGAGGCGUUUUCACCCACUUCGAAGCCGUUGUGUCGCGUCCUAAGAGCUGGUGGAGAUGAAAGAUUAGGGAAGGUCAAGGUGCCCAAAGAGCGCACCGUCUCGCGCCCUUGCGCCGGUUUAGGGACAAAGGGUCCGCGCGCCCAUGAUGGAAAUUGGAGAGCGCGCGAGUGGCGCCCGCGCUGCACCUGGCAGAUCUACUCUCGUAAAGAGGCGGAGACAUGCUUCCAAUCAAAGCGGCCCCUGUUCGUGGGCGACAGCCACACGCGUCUCAUGUUCGACACGUUGACCGACCAGCCGGCCGACCUCGAAAGUACAGGUGAUGUUGUAUUUAUGGCGGCCGAGGACCCCACCAGUGACUUAAACGUGGACGCUCGAAACAGGAAAGUUGUGGUGGCGAACUGGGGCCACUGGCGGCUGCGGGACGGCGACGUCGAGACGUAUGUCAAGGAUUGGCAAAAGACGAUCCGGGCUUUACAUGGCAGUUUGCCCCCUUCCACCAAACUUGUCUGGCGGACGAUGCCCGCCUAUUCUUACAGGAGGGAGGAGCUCGACGGGCGGACAAAUUCUAAAAUUCGAGAGGCGACGGCGCGCCAGCUUGAAUUCUUGGCGACAGAACUGCCUCAGGUCCUGGUCCACGACACGUUCGCGAUCACCGCGCCGCGCCUCUUCGACGCGAACAACAAGCACCACUACCUGGGCUUCGCCAGGUUCGUCGCCAGGAACGCGUCCCUGUACGAUUCACAGUUUUCGGGCGACGCCUGCGGCGGCGGCGUCGGGCCGCGGCGCGCGUGCCCCUGGCUCAUGCGGGAGCGGCGCGGGUCCACCUACGCGGUCGGGAACGCCGUCGGGUUGGCGGAUUUGAACGCCUUGCUGAACUUAUUGUGUAACGACUGAU